AUGGAAGGAGCUGGAAGCGAUGCCUCCUCUGCAGUGGCACCUCUAGCUCAGUGGAGGCAUGAUUUUUCUAAGGCGUUUCAGUACUACUUGGAUCGCUCUGCUCCUCACACCGUUCAGAGGUGGCUGGGAACUCUUGCUGUGGCUGCUAUUUAUGUCUUAAGGGUUUAUUGUGUUCGAGGUUUCUACAUUGUGUCCUAUGGCCUAGGCAUCUAUAUCCUGAAUCUGUUGAUUGGUUUUAUGUCACCCAAAGUUGAUCCCGAGCUCGAAGUCUUGGAUGGGGCUUCAUUGCCUACUAAGGACUCAGAUGAGUUGAAGCCAUUUGUUCGUUGGCUUCCGGAGUUCAAGUUCUGGUAUGCCAUAACGAAGGCUUUCUGCAUUGCCUUCCUUAUGACAUUCAUAUCUGUGCUCGAUGUCCCGAUUUUUUGGCCCAUUCUUCUAUGCUAUUGGAUUGCCCUGUUCAUCCUCACCAUGAAGCGCCAAAUUGUGCACAUGAUUAAGUACAAGUAUGUCCCGUUCAGCAUUGGAAAGCAGAGAUACUCAGGGAAGAAGUGAGGCAUUUCUGGGGACUAAAACUUCGAAGAACUCCUUAAUUAGGUCUGGACAGGAAAUCACAGUUUAGGUUGUGGGCCUUUAGUAGUUGUUGUGUAGGUCAAUCGUUCGUUAGAAGUCACAGAGAUGGUUUAAUAUUUUAUUGAUUCCAAUAAUGACUUCUUUAGGAACUUUUUUCGUCUGUCCAAGUAUCCUGGCCCUGUCCUGGUUGAGAAGGGAGUUAUGAAGUUUAAGGUUUUCAUUUCUAUUUUCCGUUUGUAAAUAAAUUGAGUGUUUACAUGAUUCAAGUUUUAUCACUGAACGCUAUCUGAGAACGAUUUCGGCAAGAAGAGAUUCUGGCUUGAGGAAUUUGCCAGAGAGGUGUCUGAUUAAACCAGCGAUGUCUAUAACAACCAUCCAACAACCGCGAAAACAAAUCACUAGUUUAGUUGUUAAACCUUGACCCUGCUUAUAAUAUUAUAAUAAUAGCAUCAUUGUGAAAUGAAAUGCUAGUUUCACAUUUUCUUAUACAAAUGUUGUUAAACAUGGCCAGCUAAGAACAUCAUCUUCCACAUCUCUCUCUUCUCUCUCUGCGAACCAGGAAAUUCUUGUCUUAUAUAAUCCACAAAGGCGUAUGAAAUAAGUUUGGUUGUUUACUUUUAUUUCAACAGAUGAGUGAAAGAACCUUGGUUCCAAUAUUCGUCUUCUGGGCUUUCCUCACAGUCAUCACACCGACCCUUGUUCUCUUGUCAGAGAAUGCAAAGCGGGACUUCGAUCUAUAUGGAAAUUCAACGGAGGUAGCAGAUGAUAGGAGAAUGACCGGUCAGAGAGAGUAUCCUAUCAAAAAACCAACGCCAUGCGUGACGGUUGUAGCAGCGGAGGAGUUGAGUCCUGCACCGGCACAGGCACCAAUAGUAUCAUUGCCAAGCGGAGCUAACUUGACGGCGUCCCACCAUAAUCGAAGCCUUGGAAGCAAUAAAAGUGAUCAUGGACUUGCGCAGGUGUUUCCCAGGAAACACCUCAAGCAAACAAAAUUCAGUCCUCUAGCUAGCAGCUGAUGAGAAUGGCUUUGGAUCUCAGAUUGAAUGUAAAUUGGUGAGAUAAAACAAUAAUUUAUAGCAUCAAUGCUUCAAGUUUAGAUGUUAUACAGUGGCUUGGCAUGUGUUAUUUAUUUAGCAAAGGGACAUUUCUUUCCUGUUGUUGC